CUUUCUCCCUGCUCCUUCUCGGCGUCUUCAUCCGCCAACACCUCUAAGGUACGCGAAUCCGCGUGCAACACCUACCUCUUUCUUCUCUAUGUAGCGUGAGGGUAUCCGUCAUUAGGCUAUACGAGUGAAUUUGUGACGCGAGUUUGAUUCGAUUUAUUUUGUUGUGCUCUGCCCAAAUAUUGCGGAGAGUAGCUGGUCACAAGAUGAUGGCAAGUUCCUAAUUCCAAUGAAGUUUAUAUUGUGUAGCUUUCUUCGUGAUGAUUUGGAUUUGUGCAGUCAUGUUCAAGUCCAAUGAUAUUUUGUGCAAGCAGACCGCUCUCAAGCAGGCUAUAGGGUUGGGGGAGCGAUGGUGCCAGUGUCAUGUCGGGCUCCGGUUUCGGUCAAUACCAAAGAUUGUGAUGCCUCACCGUGGCUACAGUAAAUUUUGGUUAACACGAGCAGUGAGCAGAGGAAGCAGCGAGGAUGGGCGGUGCGGCCACACCUCUGGGCCAUGGCGUAAGCGGUGGAGCCUGUGGGCGUCCGUAUCAGGUCGAAGGCGAGGCUGUUGUUCGGAUCCGGAGCACGAGCGACGAAUGGAGCCACCACGUCCGCGCACUCCAGGAGUGAAUGGCAAGAUCAGGCCAUGGCAAAGGAUCUCAAAAUACAUGGCGCUAGUUGCUUUUAGGGACAACCACACAGUGUACAGUCUCGAUCUAAUUCACGUAAUCACAUAUAUCAUUCAUGGAUUGGAGAGAAAGUGAGAGGCCCAAGAAAAUCCACUUGAUAUUACAUGUAUAAUGAUGCAAUUCACACAAAUGACAAGCUUAUCAAGAUUGCCACGGAGGUACUCAAAUGAUUUGAAUUUCAAGCUCUUCUUUUUUCUUGGUUACCAGUCUGUAGUAGAUGAUAAGUAUUGGUGCUCAGUUCCUCAACUAUAAUCAGACUUUUACAUAAAACUAAUAGCUGAUUUCAUUGAA